GUCGGAUGUCAAUCGAAAUCCCGGAUACGUGCAAGUGCCCGGAUUGGUCCGGAAAUGGUUAAUUAAAGUUCUUCUUGCGUUGUGUUUACAGAGACUGUUGUUUAUUUUGUUAUGUAAUCAAGUAUUGUUAAAAAAUCACACGAAUUAGCUAAAGGAUAUUUCUUAGGUUCGUAAUUAUAAGCAAAAUGGCCACAACCGAGCAGUUUUCAUUGCGAUGGAACAAUUUCCACUCGAAUUUAACAUCGGGUUUUCACGAAUUACUGGAGGCUGCGGACAUGGUAGACGUUACUUUGGCUGUGGAUGGUCAUGUUUUGCAAGCCCAUAAAAUAGUUUUGUCGAUCUGUAGCCCAUAUUUUAAGCAAAUGUUUAAGCUGAACCCUUGCAAACACCCUAUUGUGAUACUCCGCGACGUGGGGCAUGAAAACAUGAAGGAUAUUCUGGAGUUUAUGUAUAUGGGCGAAGUUAGUGUUCUACGUGAAAACUUGUCUGCCUUUUUGAGAACUGCAGAGCUCCUGCAAGUGAAAGGACUGACUGGUGAUGAUUCUAGUGAUACUUCAUCCCGUAAGGAUGAAAGAUUAGAUUGUGAUAUAGAAGAGGAAGAAAUAUCCGAUUUCAAUCAAAUGUUGGAAACUGAGUUACCUCGUCAUUACCCUCCCAAAGUCUCUCCCCCAACUGUUUUCCCUAAUCAAACACCAUCUUUAAAAAGGCAUUCGAAAAGCAACUCGAACUCAUCAAUUAAACGUUCUAAGUCAGAAGCUAACCAAAAUAAAAAGCCAGUAAACCACUUUACAACAGAAGCACAAGAUUUAAUUAAACCAAAAAUGGAGUUUAAUCCAGAACUGAACGAAAGCAUUAACAAUGCAGUAGAUAAAUCUAGCUCAGAGAUGAACGAAUUGACCAAAGAUAAUAUAAAGCAAUUGCCACCAUUGUGGGAGAAUAAUAUUGGACCUUCUGGAACAGAUCUUAACACAACAGAACAAGAUGCCAUGAUGUUCACCGCAGACAACAAGGGCCACGUGUUCUGUCCGUAUUGCUGUAGGAAAUUCGUCAACCGCUACAACCUGAAGGUCCACGUGCGCGACAAGCACGAAGAUAACUCCACAGAUCUCGACUGCAGCAUUUGUGGUAAGACAAUGCGCAACCAGAGCUGUUUAAGGGUGCACAUGUACAACCACCGUAAACAGCAGAUGGAGACCGCUCUACCCUAAUUUCGAAUCAAAGUAAUUUUCAAGAAUGUUCACCAAACAUCUUUUAUGAGAAUCGUUCGGAAAGAUACCUUUAGAUGGCGUAUACAAUGUUUUAGAAAUGUGAGUUCAGUACAAAGGGCUUAUAAUACUGGGUCUAAAUCAAGAGCUGAUUUAGCAAAGUUAUAGAAAUUUUUGAAUUCAGCAUGCCAAAAUUACCCUUAAAAAGUUGUUGUCUACCCCAGCAAAAUAUACCAGUGUAAUUAUGGUUCAGCCUAAUAAAAGUCUUAAAAAAAUUGCAAUAGAGUUGGAAUUUUUUUUGUGGCCAAAAACUUGAUGCGAAAAAAAGGGGAGGUUAGUCGAAGGAUUUUUUGCGUAAUA